AAUCGCCACACUGUUUGAGCUGCAGACGCGGGACGUGCAGCACUUUUUAAUGACUUUUGUUUUAAGUGUGUAGUUUCUAACUGCGUUAAAAAUUAUACUUCUCCAGUCGAAGUUUAAUCGGUUUGAGAAAGGAAGCAGCUGAUCGAAUAUUUGUCACAUUUUUGGAUGUUAUUGAACACGCGCACUGCAGAAAACAUGCAGAGUUUCAUGAUGAAGAUGAAUUGUGGUGAACUGUUCUGGAUAUGAUUCGUACAUUUGUUUUCUUCAGUCUGUUCUUGUGUUUCACGAACGGUGUGUUUGGUGUUGAUACAGAUGGAUUGAAGUCAGUGUCGGUGAUGGAGGGAGAUUCUGUCACUCUACAAACUGAUCUUACUGAAGUACCGAGAAAUGAUCAGAUACUGUGGAUGUUUGGACCUCAACAGACUCGUAUAGCUGAAAUUAUUAAACGGUUCAACUCGAGCUUUAUAGAUGAUGGUGAUGAUGGAAGAUUCAGAGACAAACUGCAGCUGGAUUAUCAGACUGGAUCUCUCACCAUCAGAAACAUCACAAUCAAACACUCUGGACUUUAUAAACUACAGAUCAUCAGUAACAGAGGAACUUCAUUCAAGAGAUUCAGUGUUACUGUAUACGCUCCCCUGCCUGUUCCUGUCAUUAUCAAUAACUCUUCAAACUGUUCAUCAUCAUCAUCAUCAGAAAGAUCAUCGAGCCCAAAAUGUGUCUUUCAAUGUUCAGUAAUGACUGUGACACAGGUGACUCUCUCCUGGUACAAAGGAAACAGUUUAUUCUCCUCCAUCAGUGUGUCUGAUCUCAACAGCAGUCUCUCUCUACCUCUGGAGGUGGAAAAUCAGGAGAACAACACCUACAGCUGUGUGAUCAACAAUCACAUCAGAAACCAGACUAAACAUCUCAACAUUACUGAAGUCUGUCAGACGUGUUCAGAACCCAGGCUUUUUUAUAUUUUAUUUGUGAUACCAGUUGUUCUGGCAAUCAUCGCUGGGAUAUUUCUCCUCUGGAAAUAUGGAAAAGAAAGACAAGGGGGAAGCUGUUGUAGAAGAUCACACAGUGUGCUCAAGUGUUGUAAAGUAAAUCGGGGACCCAACACUCAAGUUGUUUACUGUCCAGAAUAGUAUAUAUAAACAAGUUUGUUUAGGAAUAUUUAGGAGUAUGUUUUAGACUUCAAAAUACAUUAUUUUGAAACUGUUUUAAUUAAAGAUUAAAAACUGUAACAUAAUAAAUUCAACUCUCAGAAACUUCAAUGUUAUAGCUUGUCUAAAAUUUUGCAAUAUUUUAUUCUAUAUAUUAUUUGAAUAUUUUUAUAUAGUUUAGCUCUAUUUUUGUAUGUAGUAAGCCAGAUAUUAUUUAGCAGAGAUGGGCCACACUUCUAUUAAAAUAAAUGGGAGAAACUAGUACACCCAACCAAAGAGCUCUGAGCACCUGAUGGUCAAUGGAUGUAGAAAGCAAGUCCCGCCUUACAGGAGAAAGAGCCAAUCAUCUUAUAGAUACAGACAUCGCCUGUCAAUCAACUCUAGAACACACAUGCGCAUUAGCUAUACAAUCCAGGAAAAUUUUGUUUUUAGUGUAAUCUAAGAUAAAGAAGCACAAUUUGUGAUUCCAGUAUUGUCAGAUUUUCUUGCUGAUUUGAAGUAUGUCCUUUGAUCGUAAUUUUGACCAACCGUUUUUUGAGAUUUCAGUGUUCCCUAUUCAAGUAGAUAGGAGCUGCACUGUCAUGACUGGAAAUAGGUUCUUGAGAGCGUUCCAAAGAUGACUGACAGUGGACUGACUUGCUAGAGAGUCUUUUUAAACUCUAUUCACAUUGUCAGCGAUUUUGUUGCAAGAUGUUGCUAGUCUCUGUACUUUGUGUCUCUAGUGGGCCUUUCUUACUGCUUUCGCUUUAACGUUAUUGGUUGGCUGCACAACUGGCCAUACUUUUACAAAAUCUGAUCGCAGAUGAGCUAGAUUGCCACUAAGACAUACACUAUAUUGCCAAAAGUAUUCGCUCACCCAUCCAAAUAAUUGAAUUCAGGUGUUCCAAUCACUUCCAUGGCCACAGGUGUAUAAAAUGAAGCACCUAGGCAUGCAGACUGCUUCUACAAACAUUUGUGAAAGAAUGGGCCGCUCUCAGGAGCUCAGUGAAUUCCAGCGUGGUACUGUGAUAGGAUGCCACCUGUGCAACAAGUCCAGUUGUGAAAUUUCCUUGCUACUAAAUAUUCCACAGUCAACUGUCAGUGGUAUUAUAACAAAGUGGAAGCGAUUGUGAAUGACAGCAACUCAGCCACGAAGUAAAAUGACAGAGCGGGGUCAGCGGAUGCUGAGGCGCAUAGUGCACAGAGGUCACCAACUUUCUGCAGAGUCAAUCGCUACAGACCUCCAAAGUUCAUGUGGCCUUCAGAUUAGCUCAAGAACAGUGCAUAGAGAGCUUCAUGGAAUGGGUUUCCAUGGCCGAGCAGCUGCAUCCAGGCCAUACAUCACCAAGUGCAAUGCAAAGCGUCGGAUGCAGUGGUGUAAAGCACGCUGCCACUGGACUCUAGAGCAGUGGAGACGCGUUCUCUGGAGUGACGAAUCACGCUUCUCCAUCUGGCAAUCUGAUGGACGAGUCUGGGUUUGGCAGUUGCCAGGAGAACGGUACUUGUCUGACUGCAUUGUGCCAACUGUGAAGUUUGGUGGAGGGGGAUUAUGGUGUGGGGUUGUUUUUCAGGAGCUGGGCUUGGCCCCUUAGUUCCAGUGAAAGGAACUCUGAAUGCUUCAGCAUACCAAGAGAUUUUGGACAAUUCCAUGCUCCCAACUUUGUGGGAACAGUUUGGGGAUGGCCCCUUCCUGUUCCAACAUGACUGCACACCAGUGCACAAAGCAAGGUCCAUAAAGACAUGGAUGAGCGAGUCUGGUGUGGAAGAACUUGACUGGCCUGCACAGAGUCCUGACCUCAACCCGAUAGAGCACCUUUGGGAUGAAUUAGAGCGAAGACUGCGAGCCAGGCCUUCUCGUCCAACAUCAGUGUCUGACCUCACAAAUGCGCUUCUGGAAGAAUGGUCAAAAAUUCCCAUAAACACACUCCUAAACCUUGUGGAAAGCCUUCCCAGAAGAGUUGAAGCUGUUAUAGCUGCAAAGGGUGGGCCGACGUCAUAUUAAACCCUAUGGAUUAAGAAUGGGAUGUCACUUAAAUUCAUAUGCGUCUAAAGGCAGAUGAGCGAAUACUUUUGGCAAUAUAGUGUAUAUAUAAUUAUUAUUUGACAAGGAAUCAUUUGUUUUUCCUAUAAUAAUGUGCCGUGUCUUCCAAAAACAAAAGACAAGGAAAGCACAGGGCCCAGGAGGUGUUUCACUUGCUUGUCUAAAAUCCUGUGCUAACCAGCUGGCCCCCAUCUUCAUACUGAUCUUCAAUAGAUCAAUGGAGCAGUGUGAAGUCCCAUGCUGCUUCAAACGCUCAAUCAUCAUUCCUGUCCCAAAGAAAUCCAAAAUCACAGGAAUUAAUGACUACAGACCCAUCGCUCUGAUGCCUGUGGUCAUGAAAUCAUUUGAGAGACUGGUGUUCGCUCACCUGAAGGACAUCACUGGACCCUUUCUAGAUCCCUUUCAAUUUGCUUAUCGAGCAAACAGGUCUGUGGAUGAUACAGUCAACAUGAGAUUGCAUUAUAUCCUGCAACAUCUGGACAGACCAGGGACAUAUGCAAGGAUCCUUUUUGUGGAGAUCAAUUCGGCUUUCAACACCAUCAUCCCAGCUAUUCUUCGGACUAAAUUACACCAACUCUCUGUUCCCAUGUCUAUCUGUCAGUGGAUCACCAGCUUUCUGACAGAUAGGCACAGCUAGUGAGACAUGGGAAAUUCACUUCCAGCACAUUUACAAUCAGCACUGGUGCCCCCCAGGGAUGUGUGCUCUCCCCACUACUCUUCUCCCUGUAUACAAAUGACUGCAUCGCCAAGGACCCCUCUGUCAAGCUCCUGAAGUUUGCAGACGACACUACUGUCAUCUGCCUCAUCCAAGAUAACGAUGAGUCUGUAUACAGAAGGGAGGUUGAACGGCUGGCUCACUGGUAUAUUCAAACAACCUGGAGCUGAACAUGCUCAAUGGUGGGGAUGAUUGUGGACUUUAGGAGGAACACCCCAACAUUGACCCCCCUCACCAUUCUAAACAGCACUGUGGCAGCAGUGGAGUCAUUCAGGUUCCUGGGCACUACCAUCUCACAGGACCUGAAGUGAAAGACCCACAUUGACUCCACUGUGAAAAAGGCCCAGCAGAAGUUGUACUUCCUUCACCAGUUGAGAAAGUUUAACCUGCCACAGGUACUGCUGAUACAGUUCUACACAGCAGUCAUUGAGUAUGUCCUCUGCACUUCAGUAACUGUCUGGUGGUGCAGCUACGAAAUCAGAUAUCAGAAGACUACAAAGGACAGUUUGGACUGCUGAGAGGAUUAUUGGUUGCCCCCUGCCCUCCCUUCAAGAACUGUAGACUUCCAGAGUGAGGAAAAAGGGCCUGGAAAAAUCAGUCUGGAUCCCAAUCACCCAGCCCACUACCAUUUUGAACUGUUGCCUUCUGGCAGGCACUACAGAGCACUGAGCACCAGAACCGUAAGGCACAAGAAAAGUUUUUUCCCUCAGGCUGUCCAUCUCAUGAACAGUUAAAACUGCCGCAUUGAGCAAAAAUUAAUGUGCAAUACACAGCUUAGUCUAUUUAUAUUUAUCCAACAUACCACACCUCUUCUUCUAUUACAUUCCCUUGCUUCUGUAUAUAACAGAUUUGUAUAUGUAUAAUGUACAUACAUUAUAUAUAUACAGUUGAAGUCAGAAGUUUACAUACACUUAGGUUGAAGUCAUUAAAACAAAUUUUUUUAACCACUACACAGAUUUCAUAUUACCAUACUACAGUUUUGGCAAGUCGUUUAGGACAUCUACUUGUGCUUGACAUGAGUAAUUCCAACAAUUGUUUACAGACAGACUGUUUCACUUUUAAUUGACUAUAUCACAAUUCCAGUGGGUCAGAAGUUUACAUACACUAAGUUAACUGUGCAUUUAAGCAGCUUGGAAAAUGAUGUCAAGACUUUAGGCAAUUAGCUUCUGAUGGACUAAUUGGAGUCAAUUGGAGGUAUACCUCUGGAUCUAUUUUAAGGCCUACCUUCAAACUCAGUGCCUCUUUGCUUGACAUCAUGGGAAAAUCAAAAGAAAUCAACCAAGACCACAGAAAAACAAUUGUGGACCUCCACAAGUCUGGUUCAUCCUUGAGAGCAAUUUCCAAAUGCCUGAAGGUACCACGUUAAUCUGUACAAACAAUAGUACGCAAGUAUAAACACCAUGGGACCACGCAGCCAUCAUACGCUCAGGAAGGAUAUGCAUUCUGUCUCCUAGAGAUGAACAACAGCAAAGGACUGUGAAGAUGCUGGAAGAAACAGGUAGACAAGUAUCUAUAUCCACAGUAAUGCGAGUCCUAUAUCGACAUAACCUGAAAGGCUUCUCAGCAAGGAAGAAGCCACUGCUCAAAAACCGGCAUAAAAAAGCCAGACUACAAUUUACAAGUGCACAUGGGGACAAAGAUAUUACUUUUUUGAGAAAUGUCCUCUGGUCUGAUGAAGCAAAUAAACUGUUUGACCAUAAUGACCAUUGUUAUGUUUAGAGGAAAAAGGGUGAGGCUUGCAAGCCGAAGAACACCAUCCCAACAGUGAAGCAUGGGGGUGGCAGCAUCAUAUUAUGGGGGUGCUUUGCUGCAGGAGGGACUGGUGCACUUCACAAAAUAGAUGGCAUCAUGAGGAAGGAAAUUUAUGUGGAAAUAUUGAAGCAGCAUCUCAAGACAUCAGCCAAGAAGUUAAAGCUCGGUCACAAAUGGCUCUUCCAACUUGACAAUGACCCCAAGCAUAUCUCCAAAGUUGUGGCAAAAUGGUUUAAAGAAAACAAAGUCGAGGUAUUGGAGUGGCCAUCACAAAGCCCUGACCUCAAUCCGAUAGAAAAUUUGUGGGCAGAACUGAAAAAGCGUGUGCAAGCAAGGAGGCCUAAAAACCUGAUUCAGUUACACCAGUUCUGUCUGGAGGAAUGGGAUAAAAUUCCAGCAACUUAUUGUGAGAAGCUUGUGGAAGGCUACCCAAAACGUUUGACCCAAGUUAAACAAUUUAAUGGCAAUGCUACCAAAUACUAACAAAGUGUAUGUUCAGUUCUGACCUCCUGGGAAUGUGAUGAAAGAAAUAAAAGCUGAAAUAUAUAAUUCUCUCUACUAUUAUUUUGACAUUUCACAUUCUUAAAAUAAAGUAGUGAUCCUAACUGACCUAAGACAGGUAAUGUUUUCUACGAUUAAAUGUCAGGAAUUGUGGAAAAACUGAGUUUAAAUGUAUUUGACUAAGGUGUAUGUAAACUUCUGACUUCAAAUGUAUAUAUAUAUUUAUAUAUAUAUAUAUAUAUAUAUAUAUAUAUAUAGUCCUAUUGUGUAUUUCUAUAUAUACUUUAUUUUCUAUUCACUUUUUAUUUUUAUUCUAUUUUUUAUUAUUAUUAUUAUCUCUGUCUUGUUGCUGUAUUGUUUGUGCACUGGAAGCUUCUGCAACACUAAAUGCAACUAUUAUACAAGUAAUUUUUUUGAUAGAUUUCAUUCUGUAGAUUUCAUAAAGGUGUCACUCUGAAGAAAUAAAAAUAUCCACAAGGUGGUAGUAACGUUUGAAAAUAUAUGAAUGUUUACGUGUAGAAGAUUCUUCAAGCCUUCAGCAUUAAAACCUAAUGAUUCUCUGUGAGAAUUUCAUAUAAGCCCAUUAGAGUACACUAUCUGAAUGGCUUCAGUUCUGAAGAAAAAUCAAUUUUUUUUGUGAACUCAACUGAAAGUACAUUACUGCAAUGGCAGGCUCCAAAAUGGUGCACACAAGAGGAGGCAGGGAGUAUAACAGCAGAACAUAAGGUAGAAUACCGCUUUUCAUUCAAUGAAAGUGGAUGGACUUAGGCUGUCAGUUCCUAACAUUUUGCAUCCCCUUUGAGUU